AUGGCUUCUUCCGGCGACGUCAAGUAUCCUGCUGUCAACGGACCUGCCUCUGUCGCAGACAGUGUCGCAGCCGAAGCUUCCAAGACAGGCGCCGAGCUUCGCGGACUCAAGGACGCCAAAGUCACACCUUCCACCACAGCCAAAAAUGGUCAACAAUUGACUCACUACCAUUCUCUUGUGUACAGCCUUUUGAGCUGGGAACGUCCCCGAGCUACCGCCAUUUCUUUCGCCAGCGUCGUCUUCUUCAUUCUUGCUGCUCGAUUUUUGCCCCUUCUUCGAUGGGUGUUCAAGUUCUUGUACAUUUCACUCGGAGUAACCGCCGCCGCUGAGGGAGCUGGCAGACUUGUUCUCAAUCAAGGCUUGACAAGCUCUUUCCGUCCUCGCAAAUACUACACCCUGCCAAAGGAAACCGUUGAGGGGAUCUUGGAAGAUUUGGAGCAACUCGCUGAUUUCUUCCUGAUUGAAUUCCAGCGCAUUCUCUUCGCAGAGAAUGUUUUGCACACUUCUGCUGCCUUCGUUGCUGCCUUCCUAUCCUACUGGCUCAUCAAGAUUGUCCCUGUUUGGGGCCUUGCCUUGCUCGGAACAAGUAUCGCUUACCUCGGUCCCUUGUUCUAUAUUAGCAACCGCGAAAUCAUCGAUGAGCAAGUUGCUCAGAUUCAACAGCUUAUUAAUGCCCAGGCCAACCAUGCCAAGGAGCUUGCCAACCAACAGACUGCUCGUGCUACCGGAUUAAUGAAGCAGUAUGCCAAUGACUACAGCUCCAAGGCCCACGAGUACAUCGGCAACCGUCGCUCUGCGUCUCCAGAGGUCGCCAAGGCCCCAGUUUCAGCUCCAGCUCCAGUUGUCAAGACUGAGCCAGUCAGUCCUACGAAGUUUGAGACCACUGACUUCCCCGAAGCUCCUAAGACUGAACCCUUGGUGGACGCCCCAGAGCCUGAGCCUGCUGCAUCCACCGAGAACAAGCAGGAGCCAUUAUUGGCUCUGUAA